AUGGUGGAUAAUAAGGAAAAUGAAACAUUUUCUCCGAGUGUUUUAAAUGCCAUAUGUGUACUUGUGAAUCAUACACCGCAUGGUGUUGAUUUGCAGGAACACAGAUUGAUUAUUGAUGGAUCAUGGAGGAAAGACGACGGAAGUGCAAGCAUAGCUUGGGUCUGUUACGAUGCUGAUGAGGAACCCAUAGCACAAAGAGCUGCUCAACUUCAUCUUCUUUCAGCCUUUCCAGCGGAGGUCAUUGCUUGUCAACGAGUUAUUCAAUGGGCAAAGGAACAGACUCAUAGCUUUUGGUUGAUGUUUUGUGUAAAUGAGUCCAACCUUUUUGGACCUCUGCAACUUUAUUGUCGAAUAUUUGGUCAACUAGCAAAAAGAUAUGCAGAUGAAAGCUAUCUAACAAACGGGUACUUAGACACCAUAAUAGACUGGAUUCCAGGAAUGAAAGAUAUUCGUCUAAAGGACCUUCCAACAUGUUUCCAAACUACUAAUCCAAAUGAUGAAAUAUUUAACUUAGCCAUGGAAUCGGCAGAGAGUGCUUCUCAAGCUUCAGCAAUUGGUCUUCAUACUUUCAAUGCGUUGGAACAAGAUCUUUUGGAUGCUCUCUCAUCUAUGUUUCAAAAUGUUUACACCAUUGGUCCUUUACAGUUACUUCUAAACCAACAAGUAUCACCAGACUUGGAGCGUCUUGGAUACAAUUUGUGGAAAGAAGAACCAAAGUGUCUCCAAUGGCUUGAUUCCAAAGAACCUAGCUCCGUUAUUUAUGUCAAUUUUGGAAGUGUAACAGUCAUGCCCCUGCAACACUUGAUAGAGUUUGCUUGGGGACUAGCCAAUAGCAACCAUUACUUCCUGUGGGUAAUUAGGCCUGAUUUGGUGAUUGGAGAGUCGGUUAUUCUGGCACAGGAAUUCGAGGCAGACACUAAAGAAAGGGGAUUGAUAGCAGGGUGGUGCCCGCAAGAGGAAGUCCUGAACCACCCAUCAGUUGGAGUGUUCUUAACACACAGUGGAUGGAACUCAACUAUUGAGAGCUUGACGGCGGGGUUAGUGGAUCGUUUUGUGGUUGUUGCUCGGAGUAAUGGAAUGAGGGGUGAUUAG